GGAAAAGUCCGAGACGACGGGAGAAGCAGCAGCCACAGCCAUCCUCUUACGCCGUUUUUUGACUUCUGCAUGCCUCUUCAGUUACAAUUUGUACAAAAAAAAAUAUUUGCAAGUUACAAUUUGUUUGUGAUACUAGAAGCCUGGUUUUAGGACGUACUUAGAAAGUACUAAUUUUCAUGAAAGCUGUAGGGCCGACAUUUGUUUGUUUUGAUAACUACAUAUUAUAACUACAAGUUUUAGUCUCUUCAUCGUGGGCCUUGUCAAACAUGUCGAUGCGCAAUAGACGAGAAGGCGAUGUUUUCUCCUUCGUGGUGUUGCGGUGGUUUUUCCUGCUUGUAUUGUGGACGUUGCAAGUAGGCGCUUUUCAACGUCUUGCCGCCAGCAGGAGUGGACAGGCUCGGCAGCAUGGUGUCGAGUCGUGGAAGGAGAGUGCGAGGAAACAACUGAAAUGCGGAAGAGGGGUAGAAGACGGCUGUGACAGUGUGAUCGAAGUUUUCGUUCGAAUCGGCGAGGACGAGCUGAAAGAACGUCUUGGUAGUGAGUUGACAGAUGUCGCUGUGAAUGAAAUUAUGUCGCAUCUCUGGGCAAUUUUCGGACGGCAAUUCCGAGACCUGCGGACGGAUCCCAGAAGUGGCGCUCUUCUUCCAGGACGACGAACUGGAGUUGACAUGGAUCUUGCGUUGAAAUUGAUUGUGCGGAAAAUUGCCGAAAGAGAUGGAGAAACAGUCUUGCAGAGGCGAAUCGAAAAUUGGAAGCUGGAUUUGGAAUCGUGUUACCAUCAUAUUUUUGGGUUUGACGAAGGGCCGGACCAAACAAUUUUCGUCGAAAGUGAGCAGCUAGCGCUCGUGCCGACAUGCAUUCGUAAAAACAUUCUAUUCAGUUUUUGUGCCACGUGCCUGUAGUUUGGCAGCGUAAGUAGAUUUUCUUCCGCAAGUGAUAUGCAAUGGUACAUCAAUAGCAACCUUUCAGCCCUGAGUUAUACUUUUCUGUUGUUAUUUGAUUGAAGUAGUUUACUUCGUCGUUGCAUUUUUCAGAAGAUGCGCGCUACCUUUUGUGACACUGACACUGCGAAGAACGCUCUUUUCAUCGCACAAGUUGAAAGUUACACUCCACAUCACAGGACACACAUCCAGGGGCGCGCGUGCUGGCGCGUGGAAAUGGAGCCAGGCUUUGUUGAAGGGUCUCGGUGACGACCAGAGUCACAUUGUUUCGCACCGCGGAAAGCUACUUCGAUAUUGCCGGCUGAUGCACGUGAUGUACAGCCCCACAGGUGAAAGCGACAUUGAUUACACCAGCAACACUGAUGCUGCCCCACGUCGCAAAGCCAGAGCUAGUCGAAACACCGCUAUUGCCCAAAACGCGGACCUUCUCAGAGAUAGCGAUGUCCAAGAUCGCUUGGGGGAGGCAGUACAUCGCUGCGCAAUGCCUGGAGGUAGUGUCGUAGUCUUGUCUUUUCAUCCUAUUAUUACGUGUCUACGCGUUAGAUUCUUUGUGCAAUACGAUAUUUUCAUUCUACGUGAAAAGCACCAUGCGCAUAAUGAUGAUUGAUGAUGUGACUCAAGUUAGAUGCCUACUCACGCUUUGUAUUUGUGGCACUGGUCUUCUAUGUUCAGACACUCAGGACACAGUACACUCGGCGCUUUGCUCGUAUCAAAGAGUUGCAAAGACUUACUGUCUCUGAGUGCCCCGUCGUCAUCUGCUUGAGAUUGGUAGUUUUUUCUAAAUGUGAGGCGCAUUCACUUUCGACCGUGCUGAUAGUUUCGUCAACGUUCGAUCCAAUCCCAUUUACAACAGGUGAAGAGCCAGACCUAAGUCCCAGUAUUUCGUUUUUUAAGCUCGUUGUGAAACUCAGUGACGCUGACGACCCCGUCUUGAUCUCCCCCGCAUUGCCUGUCAGUUCGACUCACAACAUGGGGACGGUACAAAGGGUAGCAGGGGCUGCAAUGGAUGCCUAUGUCGAGAAGUAUUGGAAAGACAAAAACGGCAGCAAAAUUCCGUUCGGCUUCGUGGCCAGCGGUGUGUAUCCCUUCUGAAAGAUGCCAUCGCCCGAAAUCUUCAUUUUGCAUUUUGGUCCACAUGCCUGUCCUAUCUCCAUCCUAUAGAGAUGACAUACUUACAUGUAUGACAUAGAAGUAUGUUGACAUACACGUCCGUCGCGUAGCGGUGCAACAAGGCCAUACAGUUUAUGUUUUACCGGGGCGCGUCGAUCCAUCCUGAUACGUACUUAAUCGCCAAAGGAUGACCAUGUUUCUGAUUUGCGUAUCUAUCAAACUCAGUGCAAUGAAGUCUAAUACAAGGCGUGGUUAUCUUUGCUUCGACAGCGUGCGUGUCUCUAUUGGUGGAUCGGCGCCGGCGUCCGAGAGCCUCCCGACCCCGUUAUUGUUUGCAGAUCGGAAGGCCAGCCUGUUGGAGGGGGUGAGGCCACUCAACGCUCCGGAUCGAGUUCUCUACAGCCUCACCCCCGGUCCGUAUUUCAGAAAAUCGCGCCGAUUCAUUCAAAUGGAACUAUUUGAUGAGGACGCAGGAGAAGUCUCCGGAGGCGCCAGUACUGCAGGUACCGUUGCCUUCUUCACGUACUUCUAGUUGAUUAUGUGUCUCUGUAUUUAUUCUAUUUAUAGUAGUUUGGUUUUCGUUUUCUGAUGCGGUUGCUAGCGUUUUUGCAGUUUUCGGACCUUUGCAAGGACUGAAGCGUGCUGCAACUGUACCCUGCGCAUAGUAUGGAAAGAGGAUACGGACGACGAUCUUCGUGUGCUACAUUGCUUUUCGUGAAGACUGCCUAGCUGCGAUUUGACGCAGGGCUGACGGUGUUCCUAUGCUUCUUGGCACGAGGCACGCAUAUCAAGAUCGGUUUUUAUUUUUUUUUACAUUCAUGUCAAACAGGUGCAGGACCACCGCAACCUCCGCCUGGUGGUCCAUCUGGUGGCUCACCUGGAGGUGGGAAUAGUGAUGGAAACACUUCAGGAUCGCCACCGUAUCACCCACACGGCGGGCAGUUCGGUGGUGGCGGCGCCAGUGGAGGUUCGUCGCCUCCAUAUAAUCCUGGCGGGGGCGGCUUUUUUGGCGGCCACAGAAGCCCACCAGCUGGGGGCAACACGAAAAGCACAGGACUAUCCUUUUUUGGCCUGCUUCGCUCUGACUCACCCACGUCUCCCGGCGAGGACGGCCAGGAUGUCCAACCGAUCAGGUUUUUAGGGACGUGGUGGAGUAGGGAUCUCGGUGUUCAUACCGCAAUCGAGAAGGGUGCGUUCAAGAGCCGCAUCACAGCAGAAAUCGCAAAACUUCCAAACGAUGCCUUCAGCCACCCUAUGAUAACGCUACCAGUCAUGUUCGAAGGCACCGCCGGGCUGCAGGUAUUGAUGAUUUCCGCAAAAAUAUAUAUGUUUUGAACGAGUACAAGAAGAAUAACAGAGUAUGUUAUAACGCUCUAUUUCUCAGAUUCAGUUUCGCCCAAUGUGAACGAAUAAAAAGUUUUGAAGAUUCGUAAUUCUACAACAGACGCUCUUGCUUGUCCGGGACAGCGAGUACUCUUUUUUGACCGGCGUUGUCGCCCUGGCAGGGCCGACAGAAGACGAGCUGGCCAGCCGCUCCGCCCAUGAGCAGAAACUCCAGCCUCAAUGUGAGGUAUCCAACUACCUGUUGCAAAAGGUUUUUGCAUACGCUCGGAGGGAGUUUGAAAUAUCUGGGCACACACCGGACGAAGUAAUGGAGGACGGGGACCUCAAGACAGAAAGACGACUUGUGGGGCCAGGCUUGCGCUUUAUGGGCGAUCGCUUUGAGUUGACAAUUAAGUCACUGCUGCAGGAGAAUCAGGUUGCCUGUCGCCAAGUGCAGAUUAGGUGCGAGUUUGCUGGCGCGUCAGCAUGGGGUUUCGUGCGUGAUAAUUUGACGCGUCAGGUGACGGGCGCAAGUCAUGAGACAUUGCCACAAGAAUCUGGUGAGGAACUUUUGAACGACGACGCGCAGGAGACCUCGUCCCGGGCGGCCCCCGCCACGUUCGCUACGGACGAGGCGGGUAGGGCACGAACAAUUGCCCCUUGCCGUGCAGCUCCAGCACAGCAGCACGAUAUCGGCGGCCAACGCGUGCGCGGUCGUCUGCCUGCUCGCGCGAAGACGCCUCCUCCGAGUUUGGUACUUGCAGGCGACCCCUCCAAGCGAGAAAAAGCGCAGCUGGAGAAG